AUGGCUUUCACAUGGACAACAAUUGCAGCACUUGUUGCACUUGCUUGUGUUGUGCAAUCAUGGUUAAGGAGGAACAAUAACAAGAGACUACCUCCUGGUCCAAAAGCACUCCCAAUUUUGGGACAUUUUCAUUUGUUAGGAAAGCUUCCUCACCGUGACCUGCAACAACUAGCCAAAGAAUAUGGUCCUAUCAUGUACAUGCGCUUUGGCUCCGUCCCCAACAUCAUUGUCUCUUCACCGGAAGCAGCCGAGCAGUUUCUCAAGACACACGACCUUGUUUUUGCUAACAGGCCACGUCAAGAGUCGGCUAAGCAUAUGUCUUAUGAGCAAAGGAACAUGUCCUUCGCCGAAUAUGGCCCUUAUUGGCGCAGAAUACGUAAGCUGUUCACCUUAGAAUUGCUUAGCAGCUUUAAAAUAAAUUAUUUCAAGUCUAUGAGAUCCGAAGAGCUUGGACUUCUGAUCAAAUUCAUUAAACAGGCAGCACGUGAUCGUGUUGCUGUUGAUCUUAGUGCCAAAGUCUCAUCGGUGAAUGCAGAUAUGACUUGUCGGAUGGUGUUUGGGAGGAAGUACACGGAUGAGGAAUUCGAUGAUAGGGGGUUUAAAGCUGUGAUUCAGGAGGGCAUGCGCUUGACAGCCACUCCAAACAUUGCUGACUACUUUCCUUAUGUUAGGGCACUUGACCUCCAAGGACUGACUCGGCGCAUGAAGGCUGUUAGCAAAGUCUAUGAUGGGUUCCUUGAGAAGAUAAUUGAUGACCAUGUUCAAGCUAGGGACAAAGGCCAACCCAAGGACUUUGUUGAUAUCAUGUUGGCCUUCAUGGAAUCUGACGAAGCUGAGUUCCGUAUUGAUCGCGCUCAUAUCAAAGCCAACUUGCUAGACAUGCUUGCAGCUGGACUUGACACUUCAUCAGCAACAAUUGAUUGGGUAAUCUCAGAACUCUUACUGAAUCCGCAAGUGAUGAAAAAAGUCCAGAAAGAGUUGGAAAAAGUGGUGGGCAUGGACAGGAUGGUGGAGGAAUCAGACUUGGAAAGAUUGGAGUACUUGGAGACGGUGCUGAAGGAAACCUUCAGACUCCACCCAGUUGCACCAUUACUGCUCCCACACCAAGCUAUCGAAGACUGCACAGUUAAUGGUUUCCAUAUACCCAAAAAGUCUCGAGUCACCAUAAACAUUUGGGCAAUAGGGCGAGACCCAAAGGUAUGGACUGAUCCUGAGAAGUUCAUCCCAGAAAGAUUUAUUGGGAGUACUAUAGAUUUCCAGGGACGCGACUUCCAACUUCUCCCAUUUGGCUCUGGCAGAAGAGGUUGCCCUGGGAUGCAAUUGGGUCUCACAGUGGUCCGGCUAGUGGUGGCACAAUUGGUGCAUUGCUUUGAUUGGGAGCUUCCGAACGGCAUGUUGCCUUCUGAGCUGGACAUGACCGAGGUGUUUGGUAUUGUAAUAAAUAGAGCUAAGCAUAUCCUGGCUAUUCCUACUUAUCGCCUUCACAAAUGA